AUAGCUAUGUUCCCUACUUUUGAAGUAUUGAGAAAUAAAAUUAGUCAUAGGAGGAGUAUUUGUCUUUUGUUUUAUAUAUUUUAUUUCUGUUCCAGCAGCUUCUUCAUUAUCUAUCAUGCCUAUCGUACCAUAUGUUUUGUAUACUAAGAUAUUAGCAAAUGCUUAUGGUGCUUUCGUCUAUUACUCUUCUGUUGAUAACCUGAGUACAAAACAACUGUAAGAGCUUAAUCUGGUAAAGCUAAACAAGCUGAAGCCUCGUAAGAAUUCUACUGCAGCGAAUGUGAAGAUUGACUAAGACCAAAAAACAAUUACACCCUAAUACUCUGUUAUCCUAGUUGGGGAGAAUAUCCUAAUGGUGAUUGAAGAAAAGAAGCAAGCUGCUUCAGAUGUCAUGUUUCAAUAUUCAAAAUUUGCUCUUGCGUGUCUUGGAAACCAGACUCGGCCAUGUGACUUAAGGUUGCAUCUGAUGAAGGAGAUAUCUGGUUUGCCGACUUCACUGAAAAAGGCACCAUCUCACGCCGCCGCUUCUCCUGAUGUUAUGGGAGAAUCGUCUAGCUCAGGCACUGCAAGGCUUGACAAGGCAGAUAGUUCUAGAGCAGUCUGAGAUUUCGUUGCUAAUGAGUUUGUCGUUAUUAUCAUGAGGCUGUCUUACUCCUGCUCUGCCUUCAUCAUCUUCAGUGAAUAUAUGUAAAUGUACUAUUGUGACCUUGGAACUCGUAUGUCUGCAUUCAUAGGGACGACUGCCCACACCGUGAUAAUAGAGCAUUUUGUACGUUACAAGCACACUGGGAGUGCACUUAGAUGAUGCAUGAGGCAAAGGGUGACUGUUCAUGAAUAACAUUCUUUUCUGUUAUGGGUUCUAAGUUUAAAGAUGAGAUGUUAUGUAUGGAACUCUUGAUUUGAAGUACAUAGUAAUUCGUAUA